AUGGCGUCUGUCUUCAAGGGCCCAGUCGUCCCAGCGCCCGGCGAGCAAGAUAUUACCCACCCUAAUAUCGAUCUCCUACGCCAGGUUUCGUCUUGCGAGCAGGCACCCAACGUUCGCAAGCGCAAAGCUGCCGAACUGCACUCACAACAAUACUCCCCACCGGCUCCCUCUUGUCCCUCUCGAAUCGAGAAUAAACUUGAUGACCUGAUGGCCCUCAUAAGGGCUCAAGGUGGCGGUAGCGAUAAUUCGAUUCCUCAUCAUGAGCCCGACGGCGGUAGCUCAGUGCCACUGUUGACUGUAUGGGAAGCCGAUGUGGAAUCCACGCCGCACUCACUUCCAAGUCCUCCAGUCCAAGAUCCAGGUCUUACCAUAGAUAUGAACACCAAUGUUGUUCACUUGCUCCGUUCUUCUAGCCCUGACAUUGCGCCCUCGUCAGUGGCCGAGGAUGUGGCCGUUUUCAAGUCAAUCUCGGAACAAGCCGCGGAAGAAAACUUACAGACCUUUCAGCAGAGCUUCAUUUCCAUGUUCCCUUUUGUUCAUAUCAAUGUUGGUGCGGCAGAGCUUCGCGAGCGAAAACCUUUCCUAUGGCUUGUUAUCAUGUCAUUGUCAACAAAGCUGGUCUCCCAGCAAUUUGUCAUAGAAGAAAUUAUCUGGCACGUUAUAUCGAAACGGAUUGUGGUGCAACAUCUUGCAAAUUUGGACUUGCUCCUGGGUGUCAUCUGCUUUGCCUCCUGGUCUCAUUAUUUCAAGAAGGAAAAGCCUUUUAUGACCAUGCUUUCUCAACUGGCUGUCUCUAUCGCUUUGGAACUGAAUCUUCAUCAAGGCACACCCUCGAGUGGGCAACUGCGCCGAGGCACUUCCAGUCGACUCCGAGCUCAACGACAACCUAGCGCACAGGAGCGAACACUGGAAGAGCGCCGGACAAUUGUUGCCUUGUUUCAUCUGACUUCCUCGUCGUGGAUGGCAUACAGGAAGACAGAACCCUUUAGAUGGACGCCGUACAUGAAUGAGUGCCUCUCCAUAUUAUACAAAGGUGCUGAAACCGAAAUGGAUAUUAUGUUGGCAAUGCAGGUCAAAUGCCAGAUCAUCACCAACCAACUCACCUACCACCACUUUGACGAACUUGAGGGGGAGAUGACUAGCAUGAGUAUGUCGACACUGUUGAUCAAGACUUUGCUCGAACGUAUUGGCAAUAUCCAGCAGUCAUGCCCCAGCCAGAUUCGUUCACACAGAACCACGCAAUUUUAUCUGCUCAAUGCCGAACUUACAGCCAGGGAGGCCGCACUUAGAGGCCAGAAGGUGGCCUCGGAUAAUAAUCUCUAUCGAAGAGUCCAUACCUUGGAGUCACUCCUAAACACAGUGGAGCAAUGGAUUGGCUUGUUCUGCGCGAUGCCGUUCUCGAAUUGGAUGGGAAUAACAGUCGACCACUUCGCCCAGUUCUUGUUCGCUCUCGUCGUCCUUUUCAGAUUGACCACAAUCACAGAGUCUGGGUGGGACAAUGAUCAAGUCCGCCACCGACUCGACGUUCUGGACGUCCUCGACCGGUGCUGUAGUAUCAUCGACCAAAUUCCAAGUGCAUUAGGUAUCGUCGACGCGGAAGGACCACGGAGUGGCCUCUUGUUUAAGACCACGUAUCUUCUACGUGCGAUCAAGACACUCUUCCAGACAGAGCUAGUGCAGGUCAAACAGGCUAAUGAGAUGCGGGCUCAGUCCUCUGGCUCCGGCUCCGGUGUUGGUGGGGAUGGUACCGACAACGGCUUGGGUAUGGACACGAAUAUGUUGGUAAUAGACAACUUUCUUAUGAACCUCGGGGAUGAGCCGUGGAUGUCGGAUGUUUUAUGGCCUUCAUGGGACGUGCAAUGA